ACAUGGACUUCUGAAUCCAGCUGUUAUACCCUUUUACAUGUUUUGGCACAAAAUCUUCAAAUCAGAAUAAUGGAGUUCAUAAAGAGCAACAGCGUAUACCUCAUUGAAGGAAUGGGGAUGCCAACUAUCAAACAAAUUGCAGACGAUCUAUUUGAAAAAUCUGUUUUGUCUGAUGAAGAAACAGAUACUAUUGUCCAAAAGAUUAGGCAGGAUGCCUCAAGAAGUUUGAUUCACUCCAUUUUGAAAAAAGGUGAAAGAGCCUGUGACCUAUUGGUCCAUUCACUGAAGAAGAGAGAUCCUUUCCUUUAUGAGAACCUACAAGGAUACCGAGUUGCCGAGAAAAUAACACAGGAAGACUUAGACUACUUGGCUCAAGACUUAAUGGAUUUUUAUCAAUAUCCAUUAUUUAAAAAAUUUCAUCCCCUGGGUGAGGAGAUUGACAUAGUUUUCGAUUUGACAACUUCUUAUACCGAUACUUUGCUUUGGAAGAAAGAUACCCGUAACACCAGGCAAGGACAGAAGACUUUAGAUGAACUUUUGCAUGAACUAGAAAAUCCUUGCAUCAUAGAGGGAGAAGCUGGCAAAGGAAAAACCACUCUUCUCAAGAAGAUUGCUUUACUCUGGGCAAAUGAAGAACAUCCUUCUUUGAAGAAAUUCAAACUUGUUUUCUUCAUCAGACUGAGUGGUGCACAGUCUGGAUUGUAUGAGACAGUGUGUGCACAACUUCUUACAGAGCAUUAUAGAAUAUGCAAAGCUGACUUUAUGAAGAUAUUAAGUUCACUACGAGAAAAAACCCUCUUUUUGUUAGAUGGUUAUGAUGAAUUUGUACCACAGAGCUGCCAAGAAAUAGAGUCACUGAUUAAAGAAAACCAUCGAUUCAAAAACACAGUUAUUGUUACUACCAGAACUGAGUCCAUGAGUAGGGUUCGAUACAUUGGGUCAUUGAUUGCUGAAAUAGGUGAUCUGACAAAGGCGAGUGCAAGGCAGCUGGUUAGAAAUGUACUGGAAGACAAGUUAGCAAAGGGCCUGUUGUCUCAGCUAGACGCAAUAGAUUCCACUUGCCAGAACUCAGGCUAUCAAGUCAAGAACCUCAUGAAGACCCCUUUAUUUGUGAUCAUUGCUUGUGCCAUCCAAAUGGGGGAACCCACUUUUAAUACACACACGCAAACAACUCUGUUCUCUACACUGUAUGAUCUGUUGCUGGAGAGGAACAAGCCCAAGAUCAGAGAAAUAGGGGAUGAAGAUUUUCUCCUGAGCAUAAACCACUGUGGAGAUUUAGCCUUAAAGGGACUCUUUGACAACAAAUUUGAUUUUCACCCUGAGGAUUUCUUCCAUGUAAAAGAAAAAGUUCUGCUUGCCACAGGCCUGAUGCACAAGUACACAGUUCAGAGGCUAAAGCCUGUUUAUAGGUUUUUUCAUAAAGCCUUCCAGGAAUAUGUUGCAGGCAGGAGACUUUCCAAGCUACUAAAAUCAUAUAAAGAUGAGGAGAUGGCCAGAGGGUUUGGUUACCUUAAACAAAUAGAUAACAUCCCAGAUAUUAUUUCUACUUACCACAAUCUGCUCCUAUAUACUUGUGGAACAUCCACAGAAGCCACCAGAACUAUUAUCAGGCACCUGUCAGCCAUUCAUCAACAAGGCAGUCUUUAUGUGUUGUGCUCUCCCAAUGAUCAGUCAUCAGACAUACAACCCAUGAAAAAUGGGAGAAAUGGGCAAGAUGAAAAAAACUUGAGUGCAACAUCUGCAAACUCACUUGUGGAAUGUGCCAUUAGCUUACUUUAUGAAAGUGUCUCCAAAUCGACUGUGAGUGAAGAGUUUGAGGAAUUUUUCCAUGGUAAAAGUUUGUACAUCAAUACUCAGAGCAUCCCUGUGUACAUCUGUGGCUUUUUUGAACACUUUUCUAAUUGUGUGAGUGCACUAGAACUCAUCAGAUUAGAUUUGGGGGGCUGCUACUCUUGGGGAGAUGUAGAAGACGAGGAGAAGGGACACCUUAAAACGAAUCCACAGAAAACAGUCAUUUCUGAAAAGGCUGUUGCCUUAUUUUUCAACUGGGAACGAAACCUACAAUCUUUAGAAAUUACCCUUAGGGAUUUCAACAGGUUAGAAAAGGGCGAUAUCAAAUAUCUGGAAAAAAUAUGCUGCUCCGCUUCAAGUCUCAAGCUGCAUGUCUGCAGAAGCCCUGGCAUCACGGGAAGGGUGAAGGAAGUUCUCAGAAGCUGUAAAAACAUGCAGGACCUUAUUGUAGAAUCAACACCUCUUACUACAGAAGACGAGCAACAAAUAGCAGCAAUGGUGGCGCUGAAAACCAUAGAGAUAAAAGAUCUUCAGAAUGCAAGUCUAACUGGUGUCCUAAUUAAUGGAAUACCUGACCUAGUCAAUGUGGAAAAACUGGUCUUUGAUAACAUCGAGAUGAACGAGGCCACUGCUAAACAAUUAGCUGAAGGCUUCAAGAAUUUGAAAAAACUGCAUGUGCUGAAUUUGAGUCAUCUUAGGGACCUAGGGGAUGGAAUGACACAUAUAGUAAAAUCAAUACCUCUCUGCCUCAAAAAUUUGAAAGAAAUUCAUCUAGUCAAUUGUUGCCUUUCUGGGACUGCUGUGAACAUUCUUGCCCAGAAUCUUAGCAGUUUAUGCAACUUGUAUGCUCUUAAUUUAUCUGAUAAUUUUUUGGGAAAUGAUGGAAAAGAAGCUCUUCACAAACUGGUUGACAGCUUAAAUGUCCUACCAAAGAUGAAAGAGCUGAUGCUCCCCUGGGAGGACAAGGCAAAUUCUUGUCUCAUUAAGCUGCUACAACAGCUAGAAAGAAUGCCACAGCUGACAAAACUUGGGCUGAAGAAAUGGACCAUCACAGACUCUGAGGCUGGAAUUCUUGGUAAGUAAGCAGCCAAGUCAAGUAAGGGACAAACUAGACAUCUGGACAUGGCAGAGAAUUACAUGACAAGCGAUGGCUGGCUCAUCAUCCUACGUGUACUACCCAAUCUCCAGAAACUAACAUUUCUAGAUUUCAGCAGAAAGCAAACCUUUCAGCCUUCUUCUGAGCUGGUCCUGUCACUAUGCCAUAUGAUAACCCAAUUGAGUUCUUUACAAGAGAUCAAUCUUACUGGUUGGCAAUUUGAUGACACUGAUUACAGAGAGAUUAACAAUGCAAGCAGCAGUUGCAGAAAUGAAUUGCAAGUUAUUAUUUCUUAA